ACGUUGCAGAAAAGGAACGCCCCGAUGCCUUUAACUACAGUUAAGCCUAUUGAUCAGGUAUUACAAGUUGGUUCACGCUGGGAGACAACAUAGUUCACAGAUUCAGGUGGAAGUAAGAUUGAAGUCAUGUCUGCAAAGAAAAAAAGGAUGGGAUCUCAUCGCAGGUCAAAUCAAAAUAAAAUGGACACUGAGUCACUCCACGUAGAGGGGAGUGCAUCAGCAGCAGAACUAAUACAAGAGGAAAAGAGUGAGACAGAUUUAUUGGCAAGUCCUGACUGCUCCCAAUCUGAAACUCAGCAUUCGCCGUCAUCAGAAAUGACAGGGCACAGGAGAAAACUUGGGUCUAGUCGUAGUAGAAAAGGAAGAGGGCAUGUAAAGGAAUCUUUUGCUGAGUCAGGUCACAAACCAAGAGAGGAAGUUGAGGAAGAUACAAAGGAUAAUGAAACCCUCGAAAUCAACAUGUCAAUAGAGACGCCAAGAUACAGAGAUUUAAAUAACCCUAGUGAUGGUAACAGCUCACUGUUUUCACUGCCUGUGCCUGAUGUCAUGGACGUUUUAAUUUCCAGAAGUGAAAAUCAGCAAGAAGCUCAUAAUGAAAGGGAGACUGACUCGGGGCUGGUGUCAGAUUUUCACAAAUUAGAGGAGCUGGAAAGUGUAGAUGUAUCUUUGACUCAAGAAAGUGGGGAUGUUACCUCUGAAAAUGCACAUUAUGUUGACCUCUUUACUUCCCAUACAAGUCCUGCAUUCAGCAAAUCAACUCAUGUGGAAGUGUCAGACAACGCCUCAUCUGUCUAUUCUCUAACAGAAAAACAAAACAGAGAAAGAGAUGACGCAGACCUGGUAAGGCAGGGCAAACCUUUACAUGCCAAACCUUUCAGGGAGACAGAAGCUGCUGAGUCUUCUAUCACAUCAGAGUUAAGCACAAAAGAAAACGUCAGAGAACAUUCUAACAUUGAAUGCAGUGUAGAACAAGAAAUACAUUUAGAUGAGGAACAAAGUGAGCUUAUUAACUUAUCUCAAGUGGAAGGAGCUCAUCAGUCAGAAGAUGAUUUAACUGAAAGAGAGGCUGAGGCAGCACAGAUGCAGGAUGUGCAGCAUGUGCUUGUCUCAUCUGAAAGUGUGACAAAUGAGGCAGGGGGUACCUCUGACACCAGCUCUGUAAAAUUAACCGAACAACUAGAGCUACGCUGGGUAUACAGAGAUGAAGACCAGGUAGAGGAUGAUAUAAAACCCACUGCUGAACAAGCAGUUCAUCAUGAGAUGAAAGAUAGUAGGAAAGAAUCCUCCUUAGAAACACCAUACACAGAAAUGAAUGCACCUUUAACUUCCCAAGAUCAGAAUAUUUUUGUCAGAGCAGAAAAACAACCUGAUACUGACUUCCACCCCAUUGUGAGCAGAAGAAAACUGGGGUCUAGUCGAAGAAGUAAAGGAAGACAGCAUGUCAAGGACUCUGCUGCUGAGUCACAAAACCAAAAUGUGGAGGGAGAUGAAGAAAACAGAGAUAAUGAAACUGGUGGAACAACAGAAAUGCCAUCAUCAGAUGAAGUGGUGAUGCAGGAAGAAACUGUGAAAACUGUUCUGGAGGGAAUGGACACAUCUGAAGCCAUUACAGAUGAAGUUAAAAAUGAUGCAUACCUUGCUGACAUCUCUGAGUUAAUUCAAUUUAAUGUACAAUCAGGUCCAACAGUAGAUCAGCAGCUCAUUGACCAGUCAAAGCCCACAGAGAUGGCACAAGAAGAACUUCAUAGUGUUGAUUCUGCUACAGAUCCACAAUACAAGGAAAAAGAUGAAGAGACUGAAGCUUCAACUCAUGAUGGAGAUGGAGACAUCAGCAAUUUGGAGAGCAAAUCCCAUGUGAAAUCAGAAGAUGUAGAGUUUCUCCAAAUUCAAGAAGCUACUGUGGAAAAACCAAGUCUUAGAGAACAUAUUAAAGUUGAAUACAGUGUCGACCAAGAAAUACUGUCAUUACCACAGGAGGAAGUUAAUUUAAACCAAGAUGAAAAUGAGCAUUUUAACUUACCUGAGGUUGUAAAAGCUCAUCAGUCAACAGAUGUUUUUAAUGAUAAGGACACUGAUGCAACAAAAAUACAAGACACACAUCCAGUAGUUGUCACAUCUGAAACAGAGACACAUGAAAGCAUGGACAGUUCUGAUAUCAGCUCUAUUAAAUUAACAGACCAAGAUGAAAUCUGUGACACUUACCAGUUAACUAUAAAAAGUACUGAUGAUUCUUCUACACAGCAAGAUGUUUCAAGUCCUGAUAACAAAAAUGAGCAGUCUAUAAAACACAGCAUGUUGGAGACUUUGGAUCACAAAAAAGAUGACUACAACACCAGAGAACCACAGAUCAGUGAUUUAGGAAGUAGAGACACUGAAGUAGGUCAGGUAUAUGAUGUUCAGGAUCAGUUUGAGGGUGACCUAAAACCUACUACUGAAGAAGUGGUGCAUGAUGAGCUGAAAGAAGUCCCUUUUGAUGAUGUUGACAGAGAUUCUUCUUUACCGACUACGCACACUGAAAUGAAUGCACCUUUGGCCUCCCAACAUCAGGAUAUGUUAGAUAAACAACCUGAUACUGACUUUCACCCCAUUGUGAGCAGAAGAAAACUGGGGUCUAGUCGAAGAAGUAAAGGAAGACACCAUGUCAAAGACUCUGCUGCUGAGUCACAAAACCAAAAUGUGGAGGGAGAUGAAGAAAACGCAGAUAAUAAAACUGGUGGAACUACAGAAAUGCCAUCAUCAGAUGAGGUGGUGAUGCAGGAAGAAACAGUGGAAACUGUUCUGGAGGGAAUGGACACAUCUGAAGCCAUUACAGAUGAAGUUAAAGAUGAUGCACACCUUGUUGACAUCCCUGAGUUAAUUCAUUUGAAUGUACAAUCAGGUCCCACAGUAGAUCAGCAGCUCAUUGACCAGUCAAAGUCCACAGAGAUGGCACAAGAAGAACUUCACAGUGUUGAUUCUGCUACAGAUCCACAAUACAAGGAAAAAGAUGAAGAGACUGAAGCUUCAACUCAGGUCAGAGAUUUGUAUGCCAGCAAUUUGGAGAGCGAAUCCCAUGUGAAAUCAGAAGAUGUAGAGGUUCUCCUAACACAAGAUGUUACUGCAGAAAAACCAAGUCUCAGUGAACAUAUUGAAUCAGUCUUAACAGAAGUGGAUACAUCUGCAAAUGCUAGUGAUGAAGUCAAAGAUGCCAUAGAUCUUGUUAGCAUCGUAAAUGUAGAAUCAAGUCCCACAGCAUAUCAGCAGCUGUUUGAAAUUGAAAACAGUGCUGAUGAAGAAAAAAUGUCAUUACCAUUAGCAGAGGACGCAUAUCUAAAUGAAUCUGAAAUUGGAGGAGCUCACCAAUCAAACACAGAGGCAACAAAAAUACAAGAUAUGCCUCAAGUAGUUGUCAGAUCUGAACCUUUGACACAUGAAGCCACACACAGUUUUGAUACCUUCUCUUUGAAUUUAUCAGACACUGAGCUAGGUCAGGUUCAGAAAGAUGAAGACCAGGCAGAAGAUGAUCUAAAACCUGCUACUGAAGACACUGUUCAUCAUGAGCUGAAAGAAGCCCCUUCUGAAGAUGUGGACAGAGAUUCUUCUUUACCGACUGUGCACACUGAAAUAAAUGCACCUUUGGCCUCCCAACAUCAGGAUAUGUUAGAUAAACAACCUAAUACUGACUUUCACCCCAUUGUGAGCAGAAGAAAACUGGGGUCUAGUCAAAGAAAUAAAGGAAAACACCAUGUCAAAGACUCUGCUGCUGAAUCACAAAACCAAAAUAAUGAGGAGGUUCAAGAAAAUAGAGAUAAUAAAACUGGUGGAACAACAGAAAUGCCAUCAACAGAUGAGGUGGUGAUGCAGGAAAAAACAGUGGAAACUGUUCUGGAGGGAAUGGACACAUCUGAAGCCAUUACAGAUGAAGUUAAAGAUGAUGCACACCUUGUUGACAUCCCUGAGUUAAUUCAUUUGAAUGUACAAUCAGGUCCCACAGUAGAUCAGCAGCUCAUUGACCAGUCAAAGUCCACAGAGAUGGCACAAGAAGAACUUUGCAGUGUUGAUUCUGCUACAGAUCCACAAUACAAGGAAAAAGAUGAAGAGACUGAAGUUUCAACUCCAGGCGGAGAUUUGUAUGCCAGCAAUUUGGAGAGCGAAUCCCAUGUGAAAUCAGAAGAUGUAGAGGUUCUCCUAACACAGGACAUUACUGCAGAAAAACCAAGUCUCAGUGAACAUAUUGAAUCAGUCUUAACAGAAGUGGAUACAUCUGCAAAUGCUAGUGAUAAAGUCAAAGAUACCAUAGAUCUUGUUAGCAUCGUAAAUGUAGAAUCAAGUCCCACAGCAUAUCAGCAGCUGUUUGAAAUUGAAAACAGUGCUGACGGAGAAAAAACGUCAUUACCAUUAGCAGAGGACGCAUAUCUAAAUGAAUCUGAAAUUGGAGGAGCUCACCAAUCAAACACAGAGGCAACAAAAAUACAAGAUAUGCCCCAAGUAGUUGUCACAUCUAAACCUUUGACACAUGAAGCCACACACAGUUUUGAUACCUCCACUUUGAAUUUAUCAGACACUGAGCUAGGUCAGGUUCAGAAAGAUGAAGACCAGGCAGAAGAUGAUCUAAAACCUGCUACUGAAGACACUGUUCAUCAUGAGCAAGAAAAACAAUCUCACAUGACAAGCAGAAGAAAAUUUGGGUCUAGUCGAAGAAUAAAACAAAGACAGCAUGUCAAGGACUCUGCUGAAUCUUUAGAGGAGAUCAAAGAGGACAUCAGAGGUAAUAAAGACUCUCAUCAAACUGAAGUCAGUGAAAUCAGAGAUAACUUCCCUCUUGCUGGCACCUCUGAGAUAAAUAAUUCAAGUGUACAAUCAAGUCUCCCAGUAGAGCCACAACUAGCUGACCAGACAAAUACUAGAGAGAUGCCACAUGAAGACCUUCAUAGUGUUGAUUCUGCACCAGAAGGAAGCACGAAAAGAGAAGAGGAGACUGGAACAGCAAAGCAGGAUGGAAAUGUACAGGCAAAUAAUUUGGUUAAGGAAUCACGCAUAAAAUCAGAGGAAAAAGUAGAGAUUACCAUAGAAAAUAUCUCCUUUGGGGAAAACACCACACAAGAAAGUAAUGUUAAUGAAGCAUUUGUAUCAUUACAAAAGGACUUGACCACAAAUGAGCAACAAAACAGGUUGUUGAGCUCAUCUGGGCUCACAGUUCCGCAAAAUUUAGAAGAUAAAGUUAGUGAAGCUGAUGAAGAGAUAAAAACUCCUUUACAAAACACACAGCCAGAAAUGCAUAUACAACUUAGCACUCAACCUCUGGGAAAUCCCCAGAAUAUACAUCCAGAGCAAACCCAGACAAGUAUAGAGACUAUAGAAGAUGGUGGAACAAAAAAACCAGCGGAAGUAAGAGAAAACCACAAAGCAGAUGCAGAGGGUUCAAUGAAUGUGAAUGUUCCUGGACAUGAUGAAUUUGGACUCCAACAUGAAGCUCCUGCAGUCAAAGAAACACAUGCUUUAGAUGAGUUCACACAUACUGAACUGUUUCCUGUGCCACAUAGUGAAACCAAAACGGUGGCUCAGCUUGACACAUUUCGCGAGGAAAACAUCAGCGCAGAAGCAUCAAUGGAAGAAAAUUCUAUCUCUGAGGGAGGGGAUGAAUGUAAAGACCAAGGAACCCCAGAUCAGAGUGGAAAUUUACAAAUAAAACCCCAACAGAAGAGGAGGAAGAUGGGGUCUACACGCAGGUCACAGAUGAAGAGGAAACAAGAGGGAGAAAACGAAACAGAGGAUGGAAACUUUCACACAGAUAUCGAUGUAAGAGAUCAUGAAAAGACAAAAGUUGUGGAGGAGUUACCGGAGAUGUUAAUGGAAAAGUUAAAUGAAAAUGAAAAACCUUUACAGAGUGAAACACAAAAGGAAAGCAGCGCCCUUGAAGAGGAGCAUAAAAGUCAGAGUAAUGAAACCAUCGAUUUAAUGGCUGCCGUUCCUCUGCAGGUUCCACCCCAUGGGGAGGCAGUUGUUAAUCCUGUUAUGUUUGCUAAUGCAGCCAGUGUAAGCAGUUCUGAGAAGAAUGAAGAUGUCAUUUUGAACACAUCUCAACCUGUUGAUUUCACAAGUGCUGAGAUACAUAUACCCUCUGUGGUUGUUGAAAGCAGUAGCAUUUCUAUGAAUCAGAUCUUGUCUACAAAUACUGAGAACGCUGGUAUUACAUCUGUUUAUGAAAUGUCACAGAGUACACAAAAUGAUGACAAAAUACCAGAGAGCCUGAGAAAAAAAGAGUGUGAAGACAGUAUUGAACAAAAGGCUUUGAAAUCAGCAGAAUUUCCCACUCUGGAAAUAGUCAAAGAAGAAGCUGGAGGAGGGAAUAAUAAUACAUUAGAUAAUAUGAGGGAGCAAAACAUCUUGCAUGAAGGAGCUUCCAACAUAAAUACUGAGACGAAGAAUGAAAGUCCAGAUCUGAAUUCGACUAACAGAAGAAGAAAGAUGGGCUCCACACGUAGGAGUCUAGGAACAAGACCUAAAAGAGAAGACCUGAGUGAAAAACAGGCAGAUAAUACUGAAGACGCUGAGACGACAGUAAAUGCAGGCGAUGUAAUGACCCAAAGUAUCUGUGGAAUCAAAGAAGAGGAGCUUCAACUUCAGACAGAGCAUAAAGAUGGUGUCUCUGAUCGGGGUACAGACAAAGGUUUUGAAACAGUGGAUUACAGCAACACUGGUGACACUUGUAAAACAUCUGUGCCUCAGCAGUUGGAUGAUGAAAAUCCUGUUUCUAAAGGCUCACUGGAAGACUUCGAUCAGCUAAUUUCAGAUGAUCUCCCAGAAAAACCAGCUGCUUCAUCCAACAUUGAUGCAAUGUCUGAUCCAGCAGUUGGUGGGAGAAGAAGAAAAAUGGGAUCUCAUCGGAGAUCACGUGGGGCCCAAACCCCAAACCAGGGCGAAAUUACAGAUACACAGAAUGGAAGUGAUGGCAGAAUUGUCAAAGAUGAAAGUGUAAUGAAGACAGCAGAGAACAAGCUGGACAAAAUAACUGAGGUUAAUGAGAGUUACACAAAUCCAUUUUCCAUCAGCACCCCAAGCACCUCUCAGACUCUGAGUGAAAAACCAUCUGAACGAGUGAGUCCAGCCCAGCACCUUUAUCCUGAUGUACAGUUGAGUCAGGAGAGGCAAAAGAAGCUUUCUUUAGGUUAUGCCAGAGGAGCGAACCCCAGUGACGACAUGUACGAUGUGGUCAUGAUUGGAGACAGCUGUGUGGGCAAGACCUCCUUUAUGAAAAGGGCUCAAAGUGGGAAGUUUUCUUUAGAUUUGCCAGCAUCUGUUGGUCUUGAUUCAUGCAUAUGGACUGUGAUAGUGGAUGGAAAAACAGUGGUGCUACAUUUAUGGGACACAGCAGGUCAAGAAAGGUUUCACAGCCUCACAAGACAGACUUUCCAUAAAGCCCAGGCAUUUCUCCUGAUGUAUGACGUCUCCUCUCCUGAGAGCUUCUCUGCCGUCAGUUACUGGGUCAACUGUAUUAAGGAAGGAGCUGCAGAAGACGUCAUCGUUCUACUUCUUGGGAAUAAAUGUGAUCACACAAAGAGGCAAGUCCAAAUUCAACAGGGGGAAAAUCUUGCAAAGGAGUACAACUUUGACUUUAUGGAGUGCAGCGCUGCCACAGGUGAAAAUGUGAUAGAGUCUUUGGAAACAGUUGCCAGGCUAUUGAGUCAGAAAGCUGUCACAACAGAGGAAACCGUGGUAUUACUCAAAGAGUCUAAGCCCAAAAACAAAUCAGGAUGUUGCUGAUGUUGCUGUGUUUCUUCAGUGAACUGAUGAAAUCCUGCAUACUUUAUGUUCUGACGAGGUUUUCUGGAGGUUAGCAUUGGGACCCUACUUAAUUAGUACAACUGGUUGUCUUUAACUUAGCUGUACAUUUAUCUUUACAAAUCUUGUUACAUCUAUCAGGGAUUUCCACCUUUCUAUUUGUUUUAGAGGACAGUUGAAAAGUGAGUGCAUGCCGGUACACUUACAUUAUUUCACUAUUUUAAUGGUGUCUUUUCAGGAGUGAUUCAGAUGAAGCCACAGAGGGACUCCAGGUUUCUGCGUUUGUUGACGUAGAUACAAGUUAACGUAAAGGUUACUUGAUGAUAGAUGUUUUUAUCUUUCAUUUUUAUUGAUGUCAGUCUGCCCCAGGGCAACUGUGGCUACAGAUAGUUUACCACCACCAGAGGGAGAAUGUAAGAGCGAAUGAAUAAUGGAUCCACUGUAUGCGCUUUGAGUAUGCUUUCAUAGAAAAGCGCUAUAUAAAUCUAAUCCAUUAUUAUUAUUAUUAUUCCGAUACAAGUUAAUGUAAAACUCACUUUGCUGGUGCAAUUUGACGUUUGCUGAAUCAUGGUAUUUCGUGGCACACAUAUUUUGUGUUGAUGUACAACCUCAUAUUUCAUUGUUUGCUUAAUCUAUGUGGGUAAAAUGCUGGUUGGAAUUUAGUGCCGGGUAUACUAGAAAUCAUACGUAUAAAAGCACAUAUGUUUUGGUGUGCUCUCUUGGAAUGUGCUUGUGAAUGAGAGCAAAUGUUUUCACUCUUAGCUGUCAGUGCACAGCAUUAAUCAAUAAUUAAAUUAUAGGUCUUAUUUUA